UUGCCUGAUUGAAGUGCGCCCAGCUGCGCUUGUUUUCAAGAGAUGGGCAGUCGAUUACUCCUGCCUGGGUGAAUAGGCCUGAAUGGAGAGCAUGAGUUCAGGCUUAGUUUAACCACAGCGAACAUGUAAUAUUGCAGAAUCACAGAAGGAACUAACGUGAUGUACGUGACCACCUUCCUGCGUUAUGUUAGGCUUGGUGGUAGAUGUAGUGUUUCUGCUCGAAUCGUUCAGAGGAGGAAUCUCUCAGGAGCGGAUGCCAUUAACGCCCUGCGGCCAUUUUACUUUGCAGUACACCCUGAUUUCUUUGGCCAGCAUCCAAGAGAGAGAGAAGUGAAUGAAAACUCCCUCAAAAGGCUAAAUGGCUAUCUGGAAAAUCUUCAAAAGCCUGGGGCGAGGUACCCCAAACCUGCAAACCUCACGUUUUAUGUCAGGGACACGAAUGAACGAGCAGACUCCGGUGAAACUCUGCUAGCCUCAGGAUUCCGUUCAGUGACUUUCACCCUGCAGUCUAAGGAUGUUCUGAGCACAGUGUUGGAUGUCCUGAGGUCUUGUAGUCUCUCAGCUGAACAUAUGCAAGACGUGCUCAAGACUAAGACCGAGAAGAGCUCGACACAACAGCCCGGCACGGCUUUCUAUCGCCCCAUUAAAUGGGACAAGACCUAUUACACUUUCACAGGAUUCAGGGACCCUGAGCAGGAGUUAGAACAAGCCAGGCGAGUGGAGCCCACACUCAGUUUAUGGCUGAGAAACAAUGAGCCAGAAGCCACAAAGAAACAGAAUGCCAGUGUUCCACGCCGUGAGGAGCUGAAAAGACUGAAAAGAGAGCUGAUUCAGAAACUCGGGUUGCUGGAUAUCAGGUGGCAGCGCAAAUGGGGUUUUGCACACAAAUGCAGUCAGCUGCAGAGUCUUGGCCGUCUCUUCACACAAAGCCCAGAGGCUCUGCACAUCCUGAGAGGACACACAAUAGUUUUUACAGACCAGUCAGGGAUGAAUGCCUCAGGGCAUGUCAUGUUAGGAACAAUGGAUGUCCACCAUCAAUGGACAAAGCUCUUUGAAAGACUGCCGAGUUACCGGAGCCUGUUCCAGCAGUCGGACUGGCUGAAAGAGCGCAUCAGUCACCUGUUGGGAGGGAUCCAGGUGAUCCACAUCGAGCGGAUGGGUCCAGUUCUGCCUCUGGAGGAACACUACAGCACCCUCAACGCUUUCCACAAGAGACUGUUGCCUCAGCGCCUCUCUCUGCACCCCCGCAGCAUGCAAGGCCUCACAAUGACCUUGGAAAAUGACCGCUCCACCCCCUGCCUGCAUGAGAUGGGCCACUUCAUCAUCCCCACUAUGUGUGACACCCUCCAGCUGCAGAACUUCCUCCAGAGCCAGGCCCGGGAGGCCCGAAGACGCAUGCAGCGCACAGACAAGUUGGAGGCGGAGGAAGAAGACAUCAUUUCGAGUUGCCUGCAGGAUUUGUCUCUGCGCAGCCUGUCCAAAGAGCCCAGUGUGUCGAGCAGUCAGAUGAUCCCCUGCUGCAGGCGUCUGAUGGAGGAGAAAUCUCCUCACAUGCAGGGCCUUCAUCUCUACGUCUCUCACUUCUAUUCGGUCAUGCAGGAUGGGGAUCUGUGUAUUCCCUGGGACUGGAAGGGUUGAAACAGACCGAACGCUAUUUGGACUCCGUUGCUAUGCCUUUCAGCAUGACGCUCACGAUUCUGUGAAGAUUUUGAGAUUCGGCCUAGUGCUGUAGGCAUUAUACGUGCACUUUGGAACUAGCACAUAGUGUUGUGCUUUUGAGGCAGUUGGCCCCGGUUUUGUAAUGUAUGUUACAACUUAGCGCAAAGUUUGUCGUUCAUUUGCCAUGUACAUUUCACAUGCAACGCUUCAGGGUCAUAUUGUUUCUUUUUCUUUUUUGUCUCAAUCUAUUAUAAAAACAGCUUAUGGAAAUCCGAUAAGGCUCUUUAUUUGCCUUAAAACAAUUAGGUGCUAGUUGCACCAGAUCAGAGAUUUAACUACAAUCAUGUUUUUGUGGUUUAAUACGCAACUUCUGGGUUUUAAAUACACAUUUUUUGGUUAGUUCUGGUUUUCAGAGGGGCGCUCAGUGACUGCUUAAAUCAUCUUUAUCAUUUCAAAACCCGAAUGCUUGCGACUGAGAGGAAUUAAACGCAUUUAUUAACUGUGAUACCCACUGCCAAAACCUAAAAUGCAGAGUCAAAGAUGUGUUUGGACAAAAUGGGUUUGUCUAAAUGCUGAGUAUGAAAGUAUUAAGAAUUUUGGAAAGUGUUUGUACAUUAGCAAUCCUGAAUGCUGUAAUAUUGUCUGUCUUAAGAUUUAGCGUACAAUGUACCGGUGUCGUUUGCUGCUAUCGUGUUUCGAAUGUUUAUACUGAUAUAUUUACGUAUGAUGAAUAUCAAAACUGUGUAACCACAAAAAUUGAAACAACGGUUCAGAUGUAACCAGUCACUGUUGUAUAUGUUGUUAAUAUGUACCUGUUUGGUUUACAAUGUUUGCAAGAUUCCAUGAAUUUUCCACUCUGACAGGAAUUAAUAAAUUAUAAUAGAAUAAUAACAA